GUAAGGCAGCGAUUUUUUUCCUUCUUUAAUAGGGUCCGUAAAACGGACCCUUUCCCAAUUGAAAAUAAUGACCAUUUUUCCCAAUUUCAGACCAAAUUAUUCCCAAAAAUGACCUACAAACAUUUUUGAAACGGCUGCUGUCCCGACAUCGUGAAAUUCGCCGAUUAUAGAAAAUAUGUUCCGAAUUUUAAUCGAGUGUUCGCUAAUUUUGACCAAAGGACAAAUAUUCGAUUAAAAUUCAGAACAUGUUCUCUGUCAUUUAAUCAAUCGCACCAUGCAUUGUUUUCGGUAACCGGUUUCCACGAUCUUUUUCUGUAGAACCAGUGACAAGCUGUGCGAACAAUGAGUCACAACAGCAAAUAUAAUGUUCAAAGGCUAACAAAAUCCAAGCUUGCUGGCUGCAAAAGCCUUGUGGAGUUCAGAUUCUCACGGGCAUCUUCACAGCCUGUUCUGACUGAGGAAACGUCCGUUGAAUCGUCGACAUCGGUGUCGUUUUCAUGUCAGAGUCAGGAGAACUCUUGUGUAACUCCGGUUGAAUUUGUGCCAGUGUGUGCUUUUAGAACAACCAUCGUUAUCUCAGAGUCAGGCCACUGUAUCAUGUUGUGAUGAUCAGAACACUAGCUCUAGUGUAACUCAUUUAGAUCCAGGAAAGGGGUUAUUGUAAUUUUGUAUGUUACACAAAAUUCCCAAUUAGGAUGAAAACGACGCUAUUUUUCCCAAAUCGUCCGGACGCGGACGCUUUCCCAAAAUGGCAAAAAAAAUCGCUGUAAGGUUCACGUUGGAAAGUCAACAUUUAAAAAUGUAUGGAAUCAGUGUGUCCCUCAUAUAAAAAUCAUGAAUCCGCGAGACGAUGUAUGCAAGACAUGUGAGGACUUUCGCGAUACCAUAUCUAUGGCUAGAAGUGAAGAUGACAAACUAGACGCCACUGCUAGUUAUCACCAGCACGUUUUGUCUGCACGUGCAGAGCGAGAGGUGUAUCAGCAAUGUGUACAAGAAUCUACGGCUCUUUUCCGAGGUAGCUCACAAGAUCACAGCAAGGUCCAUUGUACAUUUGAUUUUAGUCAAUAUGUGAAAUUACCUCAUCACGCAAGAGAGAAAGGACCUACCUUCUUUAUACAGCCACGCAAGGUGCAGAUGUUUGGCUUCAGAAUAGAUGGAUAUCGCCAGUACAACUAUUUAAUAGAUGAAGACCAGACAAUAGGUGUAGACGGACAAUUGGCACAUGGACCCGAUUCUGUGAUCUCCAUGUUGGACCACGCCUUUGGUACGUUUUGUCACCAGGGAGGAGAUUGCACAAUACAUGCUGAUAACUGUUUUGGUCAAAAUAAAAACCGCUACGUGAUUGCCUACCUCUCAUGGAGAACUAUGACGAACAGACACGAUAAUAUCAAAUAUAUGAUGCAGUUACCUGGCCAUACUAGAUGUUUGAUUGACGCCGGUUUUGGCAGAAUUAAACAGAGGUAUCGUAGGGAGGAUGUUGAUACGCUUCAACACGUAGCGGAUGUUGUUGAUCUGUCAUCCUGUAGCAACGUCUCAGUUGUGUAUGGCAGGGAUACAUGGAAAUGGAGGCAGUGGAAGGCUUUCUUCGGCGACAGAUAUAAAAAAGUUCCGAAUAUAUCCAAGUACCACUACUUCCGGUUCACUUCAACAGACCCCGGAGCCGUAUUUAUGAAAAUGUCUGCGGUUGACACAGAGGAGACAAGGUUUGUCGUCUGUAAAACAAACCUUCUUGCUAUGGAUUCAUGUGACAUUCCCCAAGAAAUAAUGCCAGCUGGACUUAACCGAGAGCGACAGCGCUACCUUUACAGCCAGGUUCGCCCGCUUGUGAGACUUCAGUUUCAGGAAGAAUUCUGUGCAGUACCAGCUCAAGAAUAGUGGACAUGUGAAAAGCAAUGUCUUUAAAUGGGAGCUUUUUAACGCUAGACGUUUGUCGUCUCGUGAACAAAGUGUUUACAAAUGUGUAAAAAUGAGAUUUUUAAUUUGGUUAUAUAUCGUUAUGGUAAUAAACAGUGUAAACUUGAAAAUUGAAGUACAUACUGAAAUACCGGAUGACGGACUUCUUUCACUGCUGUUACCAUGGGAACGGAUAAAUACGUGUGCUAUUUCAGAUAUGUUGCUUGUUAUAAGGGACGGCAUUUAAUGAUUUAUUGUUCUAAACAAAAAUGUUUUGAAUCUGAUUUCUAUAUGUUGCUUUAAAUUUUAUGUAAAUAAUUCCUUUUCACUACCGUUGUAUGCUACUGAUGUUACUAAGUUUACAUAGAAAACUGCUUUUCUUUUAAUCAUAACAAAUUUGUAAUAAUUAAGUGAAAUUUCGUAGGAUAUUUUUGUAAAAGUGGAAAAAAUAUUUAAAACUGUAAUGUUGUAAGUUUACCGGUGUAAAAAGUACUUAAAAUGUCUUGAAAGCUGCAUAAUUCUAUUCGCAAGUCAGUCGUUUCCUUGACAACAAAUAUUUGUAUAAAAAUAAAUACUUAUAUUUUAGAGAAAGUGUUUGUCUUUACAUAUAAUAUUAAAUGACCGUUGUAAAAUCACUAUAAUACAGUAGAUAAACAUAUAAAUCCAAUACUUCUUUUUAAUUGUUUGACAUUUUUGUUAACGUUUUCUUGACGUUAAUUGUGUAUUUUUUUAUUCAAGAUGACGUCUUUGGACUGAAAUGCUCAAAAAUGUACGUAAUAUACCUAUAGAAAGGUUUACAUUUUUAUAAACAGUAAAAAGUGCAGAAUAAUAAUCAAUGAAAACCUAAAAAUGUCACAAAAUUACGUUAAGACAUAUUUCUGCUUGGCGCGGUUCAAAUAUUAAUAAAAGGUCUCUCUGCCUUUUAUUCAUAUUUUGUUUCCCAUAUUUUAUUUUGAAUUUGUUUCUCAUGUAAUGAAUGUAAAU